AAAUGGUUACGAAGGAGGUUGUGAAAAAUUUAAAGGAGGUGAGAUUUAAACAAUGGAAAAAUAGGAGAUCACGCCUAUGUUAUGAAUGUCGAAAGGUGGGCCAUAUUGCUUAUUUUUGUCCACAACAAACCCGUAGUGAAAAGGACGAUAAUGAAUUAAAACGUACUAUGAAAGAACAAGUGAUGAGAUCACCUUCGAAAGGAGAUAUUGGGAUUGAUGAAUUCAAUGGUGUUGUAUUUCAGCAAAUUGUAAAUGGGAAAGAGUAUUGGAACGGUAAAGAUAUAGGUCAACCGGUGAAUAUGAGAAGAUUAUCAUUGGAAAAGCAAUUUGAGAUUGCACGAGUUGUUGGGUUAGAAGAUCUGUUUGAUAAUGUAUAUGAAAUUCCUGUGAAGGAUAUACCUAGUAAGAAUGUGAAUAGAAAUGUUGUUAAUAAUGGGGUAAAGCUGCAGAUGAUAAAGCGAAAAAUGAGUAGAAAAGUCGGAAAUAAUGAGUAUGCGGAUUUAGGUGAAAGUGCAUUGCGAAUUGACAAUGCGAAAGUUAAAGUGAUGGAAAGUCUUGAUGAAGAUGGUAGUAAUCCAAAAAAGCUGGACAUGUCAUGUAUUGUUGGUGAAAACAAAAUUCAAAGGUUUAAUAGUAGCCCGAUA